AUGGCGAUCUUCCGACACAGCUCAGAGAUUUCCGACGACGCCCGGGGCAGCGUUGUGGUGAUCGGCAACUUCGAUGGCGUGCACAAGGGCCAUCAGACCCUGCUGGCGGAUGCCCGCGCCUUGGCAGCCCGGCUGUCCUGCCCGCUGGCUGUGCUCACCUUCGAGCCGCACCCGCGCUCGGUCUUCGCGCCGGACCAGCCCCCCUUCCGCCUGACCUCCCUGCGGUCCAAGGCCCAUGCGCUGCAGGAGCAGGGGGUGGACCACCUCUUCGUGCUGCACUUCGACCGGGCUUUCUCGCUGCAGCCCGCCGUGGCCUUCGUCGAGCAGGUGCUGGUGGCCGAUCUGGCCGCCCGGCACGUCGUGGUCGGUUGGGACUUCUGCUUCGGCCACAAGCGCCAGGGCAACGUGGCGCUGCUGAAGUCGAUGGGCGCGAAGCUCGGUUUCGGCGUUACGGCGGUCGAUCCGGUUAUGACCCACGGCGGGGCGGUUUAUUCCUCCUCGAUCAUCCGCCAGCACCUGCGUGACGGCGCCCCGCGCCAAGCCGCCGAACUCCUCGGCCGGCCCUGGGAGAUCGAGGGGCGGGUGGAGAAGGGCGACCAGCGCGGCCGCACCAUCGGCUUUCCGACCGCGAACCUCGCGCUCGGGGACUACCUCUGCCCGGCCCUGGGCGUCUAUGCGGUCUAUGCCGGCCGCGAUCCGGGGGUGGAGCACGGCGCGGAAACCCGGUGGAUCCCUGCCGUCGCCAACCUCGGCCGGCGACCCACGGUCGCGGGCGAGGACCUGCGCCUGGAGGUUCACCUCUUCGACCACGAUGCCGAUCUCUACGGCGAAACCCUGCGGGUGCGCUUGAUCGACUAUCUGCGCCCGGAAAAGAAGUUUGACGGACUUGACGCUUUGAAGGCACAAAUCGCCCUCGAUUGCGAUCAGCCGUCCAAGCGCCGGGCGCCACGGGCGGGCCGCGGACCGAUCGGCCCGCAAACACGGGGCGCCUGCAGCCUGGGCCUGGAACCGACAAAGAAGAAGCACGCGAUGAGCGUUGAUUAUCGACCGACAGUCUUUUUGCCGAAGACCGACUUCCCGAUGCGCGCGGGCCUGGCCAAGAAGGAGCCGCAGACCCUGGCGCGCUGGCAGGACAUGGACCUCUUCGAGCAGCAGCGCAAGCAGUCAGAGGGCCGGGAGAAGUUCAUCCUUCACGACGGCCCGCCCUAUGCAAACGGCCAUCUCCAUAUCGGCCACGCGCUGAACAAGAUCCUGAAGGACGUCAUCAACCGCGCGCACCAGAUGCUCGGCAAGGACGCGCAUUACGUGCCCGGCUGGGACUGCCACGGUCUGCCCAUCGAAUGGAAGAUCGAGGAGCAGUACCGGACCGCGGGCAAGGACAAGGACAGCGUGCCGCCGCUGGAGUUUCGCCGCGAAUGCCGCGACUUCGCUGAGAAGUGGGUGAAGGUCCAGACCGAGGAGUUCCAGCGCCUUGGCGUGCUGGGCGACUUCGAGCGGCCCUAUCUGACCAUGUCUUUCGACGCCGAAGCGCAGAUCGUCCGGGAGAUCGGCAAGUUCCUGCAGAACGGCGGCAUCUACAAGGGCUCGCGUCCGGUGCUCUGGUCGGUGGUGGAGCGCACCGCCCUGGCCGAUGCGGAGGUCGAAUACCACGAGCAUGUCUCCCAGACGAUCUGGGUACGCUUUCCGGUGGUGCGCAGCAAGGCGCCGCUGCUGGAGGGUGCCAGCGUCCUGAUCUGGACCACCACGCCCUGGACCAUCCCCGGCAACCGGGCCGUUGCCUUCGGCGAGGAGAUCGCCUAUGGCGUCUGGCAGGUCGAGACCCCGGGUGAGGGCAGCCACGCCGCGGCCGGCGAGAAGCUGGUGCUGGCCAAGGACCUGGCGGACACCGUCAAGGCCGAUGCCAGGAUCGAGGCCUGGACACACCUCGGCGAUCUCUCGGCCGACGAUCUGGCCGGUGCGGUCUGCGCCCAUCCCUGGCGCGGUUUUGCACCCGCUGCCGGCGGCUACGACUUCGACGUCCCGGCGCUGGCCGGCGAUUUCGUCACCACCGAGCAGGGCACCGGCUUCGUCCACAUCGCGCCCGGGCACGGCGCCGACGACUGGGCGCUCGGCCUGCAGCACGGCAUCGAAAUUCCGCAGACCGUCGAUGGCUCCGGCACCUUCUACGACCACGUGGCCCUGGUCGGCGGCGCGGUGGUCUACGACGAGAACGGCAAGCCGGGCGACGCCAAUGGACGGGUCAUCGCGGCCCUGGCGGAAGCAGGCCGGCUGCUGCACCGGGGGAAGCUCCGGCACAGCUAUCCGCAUUCCUGGCGCUCCAAGGCGCCGCUGAUCUUCCGCAACACCCCGCAGUGGUUCAUCUCCAUGGAGACCAACGAACUGCGGGAAAAGGCGCUGAAGGCGAUCGAUGAAACGCGCUUCGUGCCGGCGACCGGGCGCAACCGCCUGCGCUCGAUGAUCGAGCAGCGUCCGGACUGGUGCAUCUCGCGCCAGCGCCUCUGGGGCGUGCCGCUGCCGAUUUUCGUCGACAAGAAGACCGGCGAGGCGCUGCGCGACCCGGCAGUGAUCGAAAGAGUCGCCACCGCGUUCGAGGAAGAGGGCGGCGACGCCUGGUUCUCCAGCGAUCCGCAGCGCUUCCUCGGUAACGAGUACAACGCCGAGGACUACGAGCAGAUCACAGACGUGGUGGAGGUCUGGUUCGAUUCAGGCUCCACCCACAGCUUUGUCCUGGAGGCACGGCCGGAACUGAAGUGGCCGGCGGACCUCUAUCUCGAAGGCUCCGACCAGCACCGCGGCUGGUUCCACACCUCGCUGCUGGAAUCCGCCGGCACGCGCGGGCGCGCGCCCUACGAGGCGGUCCUGACCCAUGGCUUCAUCCUGGAGGAGCAGGGCAAGGAAAAGAUGUCGAAGUCGAAGGGCAACGCGCUCUCCCCGCAGGAUGUGGUGGACAACCAGGGCGCCGAUAUUCUUCGGCUCUGGGUGGUUGCCUCGAACUACGAGGAAGACCUGCGCUUCGGGCCGGAGAUCCUGAAGUAUCAGGGCGACGCCUACCGCCGGCUGCGCAACACACUGCGCUUCCUGCUGGGCAACCUCGACGGCUUCCAGGAAAGCGAGCGCCUGGACGCCGAGGAGAUGCCGGAACUGGAGCGCUGGGUGCUGCAUCGCCUGGCGGAACUGGACCGGCAGGUGCGCCGCAAUGUCGAGGGUUUUCACUUCCACGCCCUUUAUCAGGCGGUCUACACCUUCUGCGCCGUCGACCUUUCGGCCUUCUACUUCGACGUCCGCAAGGACGUGCUCUAUUGCGACCGGCCGGAUUCCCUGCGCCGGCGCGCCUGCCGCACGGUGCUGGACGAGGUUUUCUCCUGUCUCACGGCCUGGCUGGCGCCGAUCCUCUGCUUCACCGCCGAGGAGGCCUGGUGGGCGCGCGGCAAGGGGCCUGAGGCCAGCGUUCACCUGCGCACCUUCCCGGAGGUGCCGGCAGGCUGGCUCGACGAGGCCCUGGCCGCCAAGUGGUCGAAGGUGCGUGAUGUCCGCCGGGUGAUCACCGGGGCCCUGGAGCUGGAGCGCGCGGACAAGCGUCUCGGCUCCAGCCUGCAGGGGCACCCGGAAGUCUUCGUCGCCCGGCCGGACCUGCUGGCCGCCGUCGCCGACGUCGAUAUGGCGGACAUCGCCAUCACCUCGGCGAUCACCGUGACCGAGGGCGAAGGCCCGGCGGAGGCCUUUCGCCUGGACGAGGUUGCCGGCGUUGCGGUGACUGUGCGUCUGGCCGAGGGCGAGAAGUGCGAGCGCUGCUGGAAGGUGCUGCCGGAGGUGGGCAGCAUCCCCGAGGCGCCCGGGACAUGCCGGCGCUGCGCCGAUGCCGUGCAGCACCUCGGCGCCGCGGCGCAGUAG